UUUAUUACCAGUAGCAGUAGUGGCUAGUUGGCUACUCUACAACGGAGUACUCCACUCUACUCAUUAAUUCUUCUUCCUUCUUCCUUCAACCGUUCUUUCUCUCUCCAAAACAAUACCAACCAACCAACCACCAUGAAAUCCGUCGCAACCAACACCAGCCACCACUGAACCUGCCUAAUUUAUCUCUCCGAAAAUGGGGUGCACAGCUUCUAAACUAGACAACGAAGACACUGUCCGCCGCUGCAAAGAACGCCGUCGACUCAUUAAAGACGCCGUCUUCUCCCGCCACCACCUUGCCGCCGCACACGCAGACUACUGCCGCUCCCUCCGCGUCACCGGCGAUGCUCUUUCUGACUUCGCCGCUGGUGAACCUCUCCUCGUCGUAUCCCCCUCGACCCCUUCCGUCCUCGUUAACCAUUCCCAAAGUAAUAAUACUCGCAUACCUUCCAAUUUCAUCCCCAAAUCCCCGUCGUCUUUCUCCUCUUCUUCCACCGCCACCCAUCUCCCUAACCCCCCUCCGCCAAUCAAAACUAUCCCCUUCAGCCAUGCUCCGCCACCACCGCCUCCGGAGUUUUCUCCGACAGUCGCAAGCUCGAAGCUCCCCCAUAUACUCUCUUCUUCCAGUGUCAAAUCCGGUAAUGUUAGCGAAAAAGGGAGGGUAAGAAAGGGUCCGAAAUUGCCGCAUAUUUUAUCGGAUUCGAGCGUUUCGUCUUCGACGCCGAAGUCUUUCGCCGGGAAAUUUGACUUUUCAGCUGAAACGACGUAUGUCGGUGUGCCGAAUUGCAAUUACGCAUCUACCCCUUCUCAGACAUCCUCCGUUUGGAAUUGGGAUAAUUUCUACCCACCGCCUUCGCCGCCUGAUUCCGAAUUCUUCCAACCUGGCUCUGCCAAAAGCGAAACUGUGUUCAGCCACCACAACCACCCUGGUUCCACCAAAAGUGAAACCGUGUUCAACCACCAAAACCACCCUGGGUCCACCAAAAGCGAAACCGUGUUCAGCCACCACAACCACCGCCGCGAUUACAACCAAGGGCAGACUCGUCAUUUGGGCGAUGAGGAUGAAAGGGAGGAGAGAGAAAGAGAGAGUGAGAGGGAGGAGGUUCACUGUAGUGACUGGGGUGAUCAUUACAGCACAACAUCCUCGGAUUCAGACGAUGUUGAUGAAGAGGAGGAUGAUGGGGAUGAUGAGAGGGAAACGAGAUCGGAGAUUUCCGAGCUGCGAACACGGUCACAUUUCGGGUCUUCCUCGGUCCGGAGCGAGCCCGUUGGGAUGCCUCCGCCGUUGAAGAAGGUGGAGGAGCGGUCCGAGGAUGGUGCUUCGUCUUCGAGGAGCUGGAAGAAUAAUGGGAGAGAAGUUUGUGGGAGUGAAGAGAUGAGGAUUGUGGUUAGGCAUAAAGAUCUUCAGGAGAUUGUUGCUUCACUUAAGGAGUAUUUUGAAAAAGCUGCUGCUUCUGGGGAUCAGGUUUCUGAGAUGUUAGAGUCUGGUAGAGCUCAGCUUGAUCGCAGUUUUCGACAAAUAAAGAAAACUGUUUAUCAUUCAAGUGGGGUGUUGAGUACCUUGAGCUCAAGCUGGACUUCGAAGCCUCCACUAGCUGUGAAGUAUCGGCUUGAUACCAGUGCGUUGGAAGCAACCGGAGGUUCUAAGAGUCUUUGCUCAACAUUGGAACGCCUUCUGGCGUGGGAAAAGAAGCUUUACGAAGAAGUUAAGGCUAGAGAAGGUGUGAAGAUUGAGCAUGAGAAGAAAUUGGCAACACUUCAGAGUCAGGAAUACAAAGGCGAUGAAGUUAAGUUAGACAAAACAAAGACUUCAAUUAAGAGAUUGCAGUCUCUAAUUAUAGUGACUUCACAAGCUGUCAAUACGACAUCAUCUGCCAUUGUUGGUCUCAGGGACAGUGAUCUUAUCCCACAACUGGUUGAACUCUGUCACGGGAUGAUGUACAUGUGGAGAUCAAUGAAUCAGUUCCAUGAAGUUCAGAACCAAAUUGUACAGCAAGUACGUGGUCUCAUAAACCGUUUAGCAAAAGGGGAAUCAACCUCUGAACUUCAUCGGCAAGCAACUCGAGACUUAGAAUCAGCUGUCUCUGCCUGGCACUCAAGUUUCUGCCGCCUUAUUAAAUUCCAACGGGAGUUCAUCCGUAAUCUUUAUGGUUGGUUCAAGCUAACCCUCCUUCCUGUUGACCAAGAAUCAUCAAACAUGAUGCCGGAGCACUCGGAUGCAUAUCCUUUUUUCGACGAAUGGAAGAAUGCCCUUGACCGUCUUCCUGAUACCGUUACUUCAGAAGCCAUGAAAAGCUUUGUUAAUGUUGUGCAUGUUAUAUCAGCCAAGCAAACUGAGGAAUUUAAGAUCCAAAAAAGAACAGAGACAAUAUCAAAAGAACUCGAGAAGAAAUCCUCGGCUGUCAGAACCCUUGAGAAGAAGUACUACAACUCUUAUUCUAUGGUAGGCCUCGGUUUUCCGGAUACAGGACCCGACAACGGGCAGGCACUUGACGCGCGUGAUCCACUUUCCGAGAAAAAAUCGGAGCUCCAAGCUUGCCAAAGGCGAGUAGAAGACGAGAUGAUGAAACAUGCUAAAGCAGUGGAAGUGACUAGAGCAAUGACAUUGAACAAUAUACAGACAGGGUUGCCGGGAGUGUUUCAGUCAUUAACGAGUUUCUCCUUGUUAUUCGUGGAGGGACUUGAAGCAGUGUGUACCCGUUCUUACGCCAUAAAAUAGAAAGACGUAACUCUUGAUCUCGAUUUUGACCUUUUUGGGGGAUAUUUUUUGGAUUUACGGUAAGGUUAAGCUUUCGGAGGGCUGGGAUUUUUUUGGCUGUGUCCCUUCUGUUUAUUUAGCAUUACCUAUUUCUCCUUGUGGGGGUUGUUGUCUGUAGUUCUUUGUUGUAGAUAUAUGUGGAAUUUUGAAAGUUGAUCAUCUUUGAUAUUGGUUGAGGGAUAGGAAAUUGCCCUCUUUGUACAGGAAACUGCUUACAUUAUUACUAUGUUUGUUUUCUCUGGGAAUUUUACAUAAAUUAUUCAAAUAUUUUAAUCAAUAAAUGAACCUUCCACUUCUCUACCAA